CACUUUUGAGCUCGCUUUACUCCUUUCGUUUCUUCACUCUUUCAUUUUUGUUCUUUCUCCUAUUCUGUUUUGCGUCCAGCACUUUCCCCCUACCCGCCAAAUGCUUGUGCCGCUGAUAUCAUCCACCACUGCCGCUGCUGCUGCUGAAGGCAACGCUGCCGCUGCUGCCGCUCGGUUUGCGAUCGUCGGCCGCGUCGCUGUUGCCGCUCCAGCCACCGAGCUCAAGCGCGUGCGCGACGCGAUUGCCGCUGCAGCCCCAGCCGCUUCGUUCGCCGCCUUCCACCCAUCGACUUCCGACCACCACAGUGAUGACAAGGUCGAUGCAGACGCAGUCAUCGCGCUGUUCGACGCAGGCGCUGCUAUCGUCUACAUUGCGGCGACGGCGGACGCGCUGGUCGCAUCGCAGCUGCCGUUGGAUCGCGUUGCAAUCGUGCUCGGAGCCGAUGCCGCAAACCUCGACAAGACCGUCGCUGCACUGCCCAAGGAGCUCGCUUCGGUGGUGAUUCCAGUCAAGGAGAUUACCCCCGCGGUCGUUGCUCAGUUGGCUCCGAUCGCCAAGGCUCGCCGCCUCACUGUGCGUGCGCCUUCUGCCGUGUCGGCUGAGCUCGUCGCGCAGCUCGACCAGGCCAACAUUGACGUGCUGGUCGACUCGGAGCAUGUCACACCUGCGCUGCUGGGCGAUGCCAUCGCUGCGGUGCUGGUCACCGACCGCCCAGAUGGCCUGUUUGCCACGAGCGUUGUGGACGAGCACGGCGUCGCGCUGGGCCUGGUGUACUCGAGCCGAGAGAGCGUCCGCCAGGCGCUGGUCGAGCGCCGAGGCGUGUACCAGUCGCGCAAGCACGGCCUUUGGGUCAAAGGCCUGACCUCUGGCGCCACGCAAGACUUGCUGUCGGUGGCGGUCGAUUGCGAUCGCGACUGCUUGCAAUUUGUCGUUCACCAGAACGGCACUGGAUUUUGCCACCUGAACACGCGCUCGUGCUUUGGAGGGGAUGCCGACCGCGGUCUGCCUGCGCUGGUUCGCACUCUCGAGGCGCGGAAGGCGAGUGCUCCAGCGGGCUCGUACACCAAGCGGCUGUUUGAAGACCCGGCCAUGCUGAACGCCAAGAUUCUCGAAGAAGCCAGCGAGCUCACGCGCGCCGUUACCCCCGACCACAUUGCUGCCGAGGCUGCCGAUGUGCUCUACUUUGCCUUGACCAAGUGCGUUGCUGCAGGCGUCACGCUGGCAGACGUCGAGCGCAUCCUCGAUGCGCGCUCCAAGAAGGUGACGCGCCGCCCGGGCAACGCCAAGGCCGAGUUUGUCGCCAAGGAACGUGAGAUUGCCGACCAAGAGCAGCGCAAGCAGCAGCAACAGCAGCAGCAACAACAACAACAACAACAGCAACAGCAACAACAAGCAGAGCCCAAGCCCGAGCAAAUUCUCAAACGAUACGCCCUCAAGGAUCUCUCGCCCGCCGAAGUCACCCAAAUCUGCCGUCGACCUGCGCAAGUGGAUGCAUCCAGCAUUGUCGAGCGUGUCAAGCCGAUUCUUCAGGCGGUGCGCACUCGUGGCGACGCGGCGUUGUUGGAGCUGACGGCCAAGUUCGACAAGGCGCAACUUUCCUCCCCCGUCAUCGAUCUGAUCAACAAUCCGCCAGUGCUCACGUUGUCGCAGGAAGUGCGCAACGCCAUCGAUCUUGCCUUCAACAACAUUCAUCGCUUCCACGCCGCGCAGCUGACGACCGAGCCCCUUGUGGUCGAAACCUGCCCCGGCGUUGUUUGCACCCGCUUUGUCAAGCCCAUCGAGCGAGUUGGCCUGUACAUUCCUGGCGGAAGCGCCGUUCUUCCCAGCACCGCGCUCAUGCUCGGCAUCCCCGCCCUCGUUGCCGGAUGCAAGGAGAUUAUUUUGGCCACUCCGCCCCGCGCCGACGGCACCAUUGUUCAGGAGGUCCUGUACGUCGCCAUGAAGGUUGGCGCGUCCAAGCUGCUCCUUGCUGGUGGCGCCCAGGCCAUCGCCGCCAUGGCAUACGGCACAGAGUCUGUUCCCAAGUGCGACAAGAUUUGUGGUCCUGGCAACCAGUUUGUUACCGCCGCCAAGAUGCUCGUGCAGAACGACAACACUGCCAUGGUCAGCAUCGACAUGCCCGCCGGUCCUUCUGAAGUUCUGGUCGUUUGCGACAAGUCUGCCGACCCAGCGUUCGUGGCUUCCGAUCUUCUCUCGCAAGCAGAGCAUGGAACCGAUAGCCAGGUUGUUCUCGUUGCUGUCGACCUUACGGACGGCCAGCUCCAAGCUCUGCAGGACGAGGUCGAGGCUCAGGUCUCGGCACUGCCUCGAGAACAGAUUGCACGCGGCGCUCUCUCAAAGUCGUUCGUCGUCAGCGUUCCCACGCUUGCCAGUGCCAUCGAGUUCAGCAACAAGUACGCCCCAGAGCACCUGAUUGUCAACACUGAGAACGCCGAGUCUGUUCUUCCCCUGGUUGAGAAUGCCGGCUCGGUGUUUGUUGGCGCCUACUCGCCCGAAAGCUGCGGCGACUAUGCCUCUGGCACCAACCACACCCUCCCGACCUAUGGUUAUGCCAAAAUGUACUCUGGCGUGUCCACGUCCACUUUCCUGAAGCACAUCACCUCGCAGCAGCUCUCGCAAGACGGAUUGUUGUACAUUGGCGAUGCUGUCGCGACCCUUGCUGCCUGUGAGGGCCUUGACGGUCACAAGAACGCCGUUGUUGUGCGCCAGAAGAAGAUUCGCGCCGAGCGCAGCAAGUAGCGUGUGGAACGUUGUGAUGUGCCUCUCUCCCCAAUGUGAAGCUCGACAACAAGAGCGGAAAAUCACGCAACAGUACUGGAUUGAAAAAAAAAAUCAAAAGAUCAAUCAAAUUUCUUUUGUUUCUCCAUUUUUGUUUGAACAU